AUGAAGUACUUCAGCGUCGUCCUGCCCUUCACUCUCCUCCUUAGCCUGUGCGCGGCCACGCCUGUGCAGCCGCGACAGGCAUAUGACACACCCACGCCAACGCUGCCAAGCUCAACCCCAUCCAGCAGCGCCACUUGCUCUUGCGAACCCAGGAUCUGCAUCCAAUCCUGGCCUCAGUCAUGCCUCUGCGCGAACCAGGACAAGUUGGACUGCUAUGAAAAGUGCGGCGGCGACUACCCGGAACUGCAGUCGUGCGAGUAA